AGUUUGACAGAUUCAUCCCGGUUUUACUUCGUAGAUCUGGAUUCCUUCGACCAAUUUCAAGUUGGCGACGCACGAAUCGAGCCUUUCUCCGUCACAGGCUCCUGCAAUGGCCUCGUUCUCCUCACCCCAAACUCCGGCGACAUAAUCCUCUGGAAUCCGGCGAUUCGGAAGCAGCUCAAAUUGGCCGCGCAGCCGCCGAUUCCCCAUCGAUUUAUCAGAGACGAGGCUAUAUUCGCGCUGGGAUACGAUUCCGAACACGACGAUUAUAAAGUUGUUAGUGUUAAUCAGGCUGCAAACGACAAGGAUGGCAAUACCUUCACCACGGAAACGAUGAUCUACAGCCUAAAAUCCAAUUCAUGGAAGAAGGCAAAGGAUUUCCCCUAUUUGUUGCCACAUCACACCUCAAGAUGGGGAAUCUAUCUGAACGGCGCGCUCCACACCGUUGUGAAACACGGCCGCAACCCUGAGAUGGUGAUCAUGUCGUUUGAUCUAGGAAAGGAAGAGCACCUCGAGAUUCCGCUGCCGGAACACAGCAACGCCGCGAUUCGUGGUGUGGAAUCAUUGGAGGUGUUGGUAGGGUGUCUUGCGGCGGUUGUUCCUGGGAAGAAAUGUGGCACCGAUAUCUGGUUGAUGAAGGAAUACGGCGUGAAGCAGUCGUGGAUGAAACUACUGCAGCUCGAUCCGCCGCUGCUCGGCGGUCUGCGGCCGCUGGCUUACUCCAAGAGCGGCGGCGAGGUUUUGCUGAACGACGAUGGAAUGUGCCUCAGCUGGUACGAUCUGAAGAAAAAAACCGUCGCAAGAGCUCGCGUUAGCGCCUGGUUUAAGUCAAAGGCGGUUGAGCCGUUUUCCGACACGGAGGUUGUUGUUGGGAGCCUUGUUUGGCCUUGUGUGAAGGAGCACAAUGGUCCAAGAAAAGGUGUGAAGGAGAUGAAGAUAAAGAAGGGAAAGGUAGUUUGCUAAUCCUUCUUCUAUCUACUUAUCUUUUUAAAAUUUUCAAUUUUGAGUGCUUUGGGUAUUUGUUUUGUUUAGAUUUCUCCUUUUUUUGUUGUGAUGUUUUGCUGGGAUAUUUCUAUCAAAUGGAUUCAAGCUAACAGUGAAAUUUAAUGGAGAAAUGGAGGUUGAUUACUGAUGAA